AAUCGGCAAACAAUUGCACGAGUCACUAUGAUCCGAGUCACAAGUAAGUCCUUGGUCUUGCCUGUUGUGGUCGAGUCGAGUCAUAAGCUUAUGUCGAGUCAAGUCAUGUCACAAGGUUGUAAGGACGAGUCGUGUCAAGUCAAAGGUUCUAAAAACAAGUCGUGCCAAGUCAAAAGGUUGUCAAGUCAAGUCGAGUCACAAGUUAGUCAAGGCCUUCAGCAUUGGUCCCCACCCCACCCACAAAGCACACAGGUUUAUCUUUGAGGGCAACCUUACUGUCAAUGUAAAUCAAGUAAAAAACAAAAACUGCAGUAUUUUCUGCAGGUAAUAAACCUGCAUUAAGGUGUUCCAAGCGGAUCACUGGCAGGUGGGAACCAAUCUACGAUCCAAGUUUUUAGAGUCCGCUUGUCGAGUCUCGAGUCAUUGUCUCAAGUCGGUUCAAGUCUUGAGUUAUUGCCUCAUGAGUCAGGUCGAGUCUCGAGUUAUUGCAUCACGAGUCAAGUCCAGUCUCGGACCCCCCCCAGCUCAAGUGAGUUAAGUCGAGUUGCAAGUCAUCAAAUUUGGGACUCAAGUUGACUCGAGUCCAAGUCCAUGUGACUCGAGCCUAAUUGUCUCAAAAAAUCUUUGAAGAUCCUGCUGACCCAAUGUGGCAAAUAACAUGUAGCAAAAGAUAAUACUAAACGAUUGUCCAAUUUUUAUAUAAUUUUAUGUAAGGGAAAAGCGGCCACUUAGAUGAAUUGGUUCACUAAUGCAUUUUUCAAGUGCCCCCAUGAACACACGCUCAAAUGUUGUAGUUAUUAUUAUCAUUUUGGUUGUUUUUGCGUUUCAAGUGUCCAUUUUUGUAUUUUCUUCAAAUUACUGAAACAUUUACUUUUAAAAUACUUGCAUAAGUUAGUAAACAUGAGACGGUGGUACCCAGAGAUAGGAAUGAUACGAUUUUCAAGAUACAAGAUAACGUAUAGAAUUUUUUGGGUGUUAUGUCAUAAAAACAAAAAACUUUGUGACCUCUUUUGACCUCAUGUCCAUUCACAUUUCUGUAUGACACGGCCCCCAGGUGGCUUGGGAGCGUUUGCCAGAAGGAGCAGCAUGGUGACCAUUGAAUUAAAGCAAAGAAAUGACAGAUAUUCACAUUAGACCUAAUUUUGUCAUUUGUGUAUUUUUUAAAUAAAUUAUAAUACAAUGCUAGUAUAAAAAGUGGUUAAUUGAGAUACAGGGUAGUCAAAGAACAAUUUACACAAGUAUUUCAAGGCAUCACUGCAAUACUACACACAAUAACCUCUAACAUUUGAUCAACCUGAUCAAUUCACCCAACUAAGAUUGGUUCAGUAAAUUGGUUUUGAAGUGUUUCUAAAGGUGCUGUGCAAAUGAGUAAAUACAAGCUUUAAUAAAUACUUGCUUGAGUUCAGCUUGGAGUAAUAAUGUGUUUUAUAGAGAUUUCUCUCCACGCCUCUCAUCCUAGCACUUUAGUGCUAAGUGGAGUUACUAAUGGGAAUUUCAGUCAAAUCCAGUCACUACUAAACAACUGACUGUGUGCGGGUCGACGUGGGCGUGCAAUGUCACCUACCGCAGCAGCUCCAGCCCACUUCCUGUCCCAGUUCAUAGCCAAAGAAGAGAAGUUUUAUAUGACACUCCAAGAAGUUCAAGAUGGGGUUCUGGGAGACAUCAAGUCUGCUGAUGUUGGCGAUCAGGCCCGCAGAUGCCAUGAUGACGCUGUAUGACCCCAAGCUGUGUUACAUCUUGGAUGGCUUUCUGGGUCUGUACGGCCUGGUCAUCACUGCCAUGUUUAUUAAGGAGAAGUUCUUCAAAACAAGGGAGCUAAGGGAUAGCGGCCAGACGGGUGCAAGAGGACAGCGGAGAGCAGACCCAGAGAGAGGACGCAACAACUGGAAGGAUGAUAGCUCUCCAUACACGGCAUUGAACAGAAGAACAGAAGACGAAUACAAAGAACUUCCUGUAAAGAGAGACAGAUCCAGAAGAAAAGAUCUAGUUUACCAGGGUCUCAGCACUGCCAACAGAGACACCUACGACUCCCUCCAGAUGCAGCCGUUUCCAACCCGCUGAAGUAAUGAUGUCUUGGUAUAUGAGUGACCAAUAGGUUUCUCAGGAUAAGAGACAUGCAUCGACUGAUUUAUUUUUUUGCUGUUUUUUUGGCUCUGACUUGAAAGGGCAAACUUGCCAAAUGAGUGUUGCAUUUCAACUAGCAACUCAAAUUCACAACAAGUAGCAGUUUGGGAGAUAUAAUUAGAAAAUGGUCUUCAAACUAAACUAAACAAAGAGACUCAUACAUUAUGCAUUUCAAACAAACAUAUAGUCUAUGCUAACUUAAUGCUAAAGACGACGUGUAUGUGACCUAAAAAUUUGAAUCUACAGUAUAUGGCGAUAUUGUAACAUGACAAAAGGGCCUUUUUUUCUUGCUUUCAUCAUAUAGCCUGCAUCUUGCUAAUUGUCAGUUUAUCUUUUACUCUACUUUUAAUUUCUAUUAAAAAAAAAAAAAUUGUGUUUCAAUUAUUUUCAAUUAAUUAUUUCAAUUUAAAUAAUCACUUGU